GAAGCAGUGAUUUGACUUGUAGACAGGACAAAUAAACGUGAAAUUGUUGGGGUUUUGAAUAAAAUUAAUUGGGACGUAGAUGAAGAUGGGCAUCUGGAUAAACCUUUUAUUUUUCUAUUCUACACUGUACUAUUGAUUCGCGGUGUAUAAGCAAUACAUUUUUGAGGCUUCACUACCCCUCUUGAGGGAGUUCACGUUGAAUAUACUCUGUCCCCUACCCUGUCUGUAUCGUACAGGUGUAAGGAAAAAAAGGAGGAAAAGAGAAAAGAAAUAGCAGAGUUGCGGAGUCGCUGUGGUACCCACACGAACUUCUCAACAACCUGGCCUGGGUGAUUCAAUUAUACCGUCCGCCUAUCCUUCGCUCGGUCUGGCCAACGUCCGGGGCCGCGGGUUUUCGAUUAUUCGGCGGUUUAAUUAAUUUAAACGAGACGGAAGCCAGACGGGACUGCAAUGGAUUUAAAGGAAGAAGACGAAAGUGCGAACGAUAGUGGCAGGCAAUUGUUUUUGGUCGGGGCACCGAGAGAUCCGCUGGUGUCUACCGGAGCGAUCGUCGCCUCGGCUGGUGGACAGGAUGAGAUCAACCCCGGCGGAGAUCUACAGUCGACCGCUCUCGCCGGUCUGAUAGGCGUGCAAUCUUCCUCGGUUUGCUUUCCGACAAAAUUCACGUACGAUUUCUCGCCAAGUCCGGGAAGCGAAGACAGACAAUCGUCCGCAGUUGGUAAACGGAAACAACGCCGGUAUCGCACCACGUUCACCAACUUCCAACUGGAAGAGUUGGAGAGAGCCUUUCAGAAGACACACUACCCUGACGUGUUCUUUAGAGAAGAACUCGCUCUACGUAUACAACUGACCGAGGCCAGAGUGCAGGUAUGGUUCCAAAACAGAAGAGCAAAGUGGCGUAAACAGGAGAAGCAAUGCAAAGUGAGCACUCACUUGACCUCGCAUCUGCCACCGUCCGACUGCCAGGAAGUGCAGCAGCAGCAGCAGCAGCAACAACAGCAACAGCAACAGCAAUCGGAUCACCUGCUGCUGGAGCCACCGUUGGGCAGCCCGCCUCCCAUAUAUCUGGGCAUGGAAUGGGCAGGAUUCUCGCCGUACAGUAACACGGCAACCGCGUCUCCUCUCGUAGUCAACAGCAUGAACAAGCCGUUAGAAUCAGAGACGGACGACAAUCCGUUGCUGGAUCCGGAACUGUUGCAACUGAAAACUCCUCGUUCCUAAUAGUACCCACCCCGAGUCUUCUACACUGUAGCGUAACUCGAUAAUUAACAUUCCGUAUAUUGAACUCUUUAUCGAAGAACAAAGUGUCUAACGAUGCCUCUUUAAUAUUACCGUCGUAUCGUGCAAUAUAUGAUCAUCAGAAGCGUUGCGGUACCAGUUUCAAUUGGUACGUUAGACGCGAGUCCUUCAAACGCUAUUUUCAUACGGUUUAUUCAAUGAAUUUCAGUAUUUAUCUAUUUCUUACUAUGAUUCUAUUCCUAACUAUACCAUAGCUGAAUAGAUUUCGAUUUCCUCUAAUAGAAAGUCUAAAGAAGUAGAUGGACUGUAAAAUUAAUUGGAUAAAACAUGUUAAUUCGUUCAAACGCUGUUUUCAUGCGAUUUAUUCAAUAAAUUUCAUUUAUCUAUUUCUCGGUAUGAUUCUAUUCCUAAGUAUACUGCACUUGAAUAGAUUUCAAUUUUGUCUAACAGAAAGUAUACUCCUAAACAAAAAUUAUGGUAUCACAAAAUUUGUUUUGAAAAUUGUUCAAAUUUGAAAGAUAAUUACUCAACAACAGAUUAUUGUAGGACGAUGAUUUUUCUUUUAAAUUAAAGCUUGGAACUUCUACUUUAGAAUGUGAUCUAGAAAUUUUUAAUUCACAAUAAAUUUAAUGAGCAAUUUUUGACAUAAAUUUCGUGAUGUCAUAAUUUUGUUUAAGUAGUGUCUAAAGAAAUAAAUGGACUAUGAGAUUAAUUGAAUAAAACGUACUAAGAAGUUCAAAUGCUGCUUUUAUAUGGUUUAUUCAAUGAAUUUCAGUAUUAAUUUAUACGUUAGUACGAUUUUAUUCCUAAGUAUAGUACUUGAAUGAAUUUCAAUUUUCUGUAAUAGAAAGUAUAAAGAAAUAGAUGAACUGUGAGAUUAAUUGGAUAAAACGUAUUAAGACAGCAUGUUUCGUGCGCGUUAAACGCGAAUCCUUCAAACGCUAUUUUCAUACGGUUUAUUCGAUGAAUUUCAGUAUUUAUCUAUUUCACAGUACGAUUCUAUUCCCAAGUUGGAGAUUAAUUGAAUAAAACGUAUGAAGACAGCAAGUUUUGUGUCUACUCAUCGAAGGACUCAUGUAAUUAUGAGGAUCUCAGAGGAAAAGUGUCGGAACUAGCAAAACCUUUUAUUGGACUUAAUAAAAGGAAAUUACGCUUCGAAAUGUUAAGACACGUUAGUGAAGUUUAUAAUAUGUAAUUAGAUAACUUAUAUCUCUUUUAUAAUUUUUUAAGGAAAUUGCGCUUUUCCACUGAGCCUUUCGAUUUAGUAUAUGAAGGACCAAAUAUUUACUAUGAAAAGUCGAAUAUAUCUUGAAAUAUUGUUACAUAGGAUUUUGUAAAGGAAAAAUAUAUACGAAGAUUUAUUCUUCUUACGGAUUCGAUGAAUCUCUAAGCAAAAAAUUGUUCAGAAGUGUAUGUGAUGUUAUUAAAAAUCGCGAAUGAAGUUUUUA